GGAGCGCGUCACUGUGGGUUGUUCGCAUCUCGAGGUUGUGUCGUCGCUUCAAGUCCCCGUCCCUUUGACUGUUCUCCCUUCAUCCAUUCCGUGCUCCUGACCAUGCCGCCGGCUUUCGAGUUUCGGGGAAAUGACCGACGGUCUUCACAUCACCCCAGACAUGAGUUCACUUUCCGGUAUUCGCGCCCUGGAACGGCCGAACGGCCGCUCUUGAGAUCCAGGCGAGAGACGACCCCAGAGCAGCUGCUUCCCGCCGGAGCUGCCGAUUCGAAACCGGCGCUGAAGUUCGCGUCUAUCGCGAACCUCAGCGAUAGCGAGGAGGCUGACAUGGACGUGUCUUCGGAAGAUGAGGAUGCAGCCGCUCACCCGCGCAAAAAGCGUGCGAUAGACUCCAACAACAGCGGAACUGCGACGGCUGCUCCAGUACCUGCCCCGGCUCCCAGAUGGUCCAAUCCCGAUCCCUACACGGUUCUACCACCUCCGGAUGAGACCCAGGCGAAGAGGGUGGAUGUGGUCAAGUUGAUUCGCAAGGCUCGAAUUGCUGCAACCGCGGCACAGCCCACACAAGAGGAUCCGGUGAAAUCUAAUGAGGAUUUCAUCUCACUAAGUGGCAUGGUUGAUGAAGACGAAGCGGGUCGGAAUGCACCUGAAGACGCGCCUACCGGACCGAGGCGCCAGUUGGAAGGCAAGGACUCGGCGUUUGGCAACCGCAAGAGAACGUACGAUGACGAGAUAAAGGGUGUUUCCAAGAAGACUGGAAAGCCGUUGAGUAAAUACUAUGAUGAUGGCUCGAUCAUUGAUGAGUGGAGAGCGCGUCCCUCAGAGAAUGCAACGCCAUGGUCAAGCCACAUGGCGCCCAGUCUGCAUUUGGGUACAAGGCUUCACAACGAAAUCCUGAGCUUCUACCAUUGGGUCAAACCUGUACGCUAUGAACAGAUCGUGCGAGAGGACUUGGUGGCGAGGCUACAGUCUGCAUUCCAGGGCAGGUACUAUGGGGUGCAGCUCCGUCCCUUUGGCUCUUUUGCUUCAGGUCUAUACCUUCCCACGGCAGAUAUCGACCUUGUUCUACUCUCCACAAACUUCAUGCGCCACGGUAUCAAGACCUUCGGGGAACGGAAGGGCCAGAUAUAUGCAUUCGCUGCAUUCAUCAAGAACCUAAACAUAGCGGUGCCCAAUUCGAUUGAGACAAUAGCGCAUGCCCGCGUGCCUAUCCUAAAGUUUGUGGAUAAACUGACUGGCUUGAGGGUGGACUUGUCGUUCGACAAUGAUAGUGGACUCGUGGCCAAUGAAACCUUCCAGCAAUGGAAGACCGAGUAUCCCGCAAUGCCCGUGAUUGUGUCGGUCAUCAAGCAGUUUUUGCUCCUUCGGGGCCUCAAUGAAGUACCAACUGGCGGGCUGGGAGGAUUCUCCAUCACUUGUCUCGUUACGAGUCUCUUGCAGCACCUGCCACAUGGCCAUAUGCCACCGAAUCUGGGCAGCAUUCUCAUGGAUUUCUUUGAGUUCUAUGGCAGUGGAUUUGACUAUGACACCGUUGGGAUUCGGUUGAAUCCGCCAGGCUAUUUCAACAAGCAAAUCUACAAGCCUUCCUACAACAACAGCCCUCGUCUGUCCAUUGAGGAUCCCAACAACGCCGACAACGAUAUCUCGGGCGGGACACGAGAGAUUGCGUUGAUCUUUAGGGCCUUUUCGGACGCUUAUCGGCGUCUCAAAGAACGCAUGGUUUCCACGGCCAUGACCGGAAAGACACAAACCAGCAUCCUGGACGCCAUCAUCGCUGCAAACUAUGAUGAGUAUACCGAACAGCGGUGGCAGCUUCGACAGGUAUUUGACGCCGAUACCAGAUUCGCUCGCUACCGUCGGGCUUCCACGCCCCCGCCACCUCCCCAGACCUCUCCUCCGGCUGAAUCUGCCCCUCUUCCGCCUCCUUUGCCUGCUGGCCCUCCCCCUGCUGUACCCAAGUCACAGAGAGAUAAGAUGACGAAGCUGCAGAAGAAGCAACAGGCGGCGCGCGAACGUGCGGCUCGUCUCAAGCGAUUGCGUCCGGACCUACAGUCUGUCCCUUAUUCCAUCAGCAAUGAGCGGGCUAUGAGCCUUGGAGGCUACAAGUCGCAAUCAGAUAUGGACCGAGAUCUCAUAAUGCGAGAGAAAGGAACGAUACCACCCAGUCAGAGCUAAAUGCAUAUGUGCAGGAGUCGAGUUAGAUCUGUGCAUCUUCUUUUCGUCUUGGGUUAACAGUGUGCAUGUUCUGUGUUCUUAUACCCUGGGAUGGCUUCUUUCACUUUCUGAUUUCUUGUCCGUCUUUGAGCGUCUGAUACCCCUUUCCUUAGCCU